CGGUUUCCAACCUACACUGAGUUUCCGGUGUUUGGAGAUCUGAAGAUGCCUGAGCCUGCAAAGUCCGCACCCGCCCCGAAGAAGGGCUCCAAGAAGGCCGUGACCAAGGCGCAGAAGAAGGAUGGCAAGAAGCGCAAGCGCAGCCGCAAGGAGAGCUACUCGGUGUACGUGUACAAGGUGCUGAAGCAAGUGCACCCCGACACGGGCAUCUCCUCCAAGGCCAUGGGCAUCAUGAACUCGUUCGUGAACGACAUCUUCGAGCGCAUCGCGGGCGAGGCGUCGCGCCUGGCGCAUUACAACAAGCGCUCGACCAUCACGUCCCGGGAGAUCCAGACGGCCGUGCGCCUGCUGCUGCCCGGGGAGCUGGCCAAGCACGCCGUGUCCGAGGGCACCAAGGCCGUCACCAAGUACACCAGCUCCAAGUAAUGCCAAGAGGAGUAGACCGGAUAUUGUUUCUACCACUCCUCAGUGCUGGAUGCUGUAGCCUCGAGACAGUGGAAAUGGGUGACACGAGCAGAUUAACCGCCAUAUUUUCAAAACUCAAGGAACUACUGAUAAGCAUCUGACUAGAAAUUCUAUAAAAAUGUUCACUGUAGAAAUUUGUGAUAAGACACACAUAAGUAUAAAAUUGAAAUACUCUUAGCAAAAAUUAAAAUGCUCCUAGCAAAAGAAAGCUUUUAAGUGUUUGUGAUGUGUGGCUAUAUAUGAUGUAUAUAUAAUAAAUAUGUUAUGUAAAGCAGAAAUGCAUCAUGUUAUAUCAUGUUAUUAGAAUGUAAUUUUAAGUUACUAGGUAUGUUUAGAAAUCAUGAUUUAUGCAUUAAUACCUUUGUAAUUGUGUUUUUAGUUAGAGUCCCUAUUUUUGUGGAAUAUAGAAUGUACAAAUCACGAAUCUUUAUUUAUAAGUCUUCACUCUUUUUUUUUUUUAACAUUUUUUUUUAACAAACCUUAGAUCAAGCAGCUGAAAAGGACUCAGAACUAGACUGCAUGUGUGUUGUGUGGAAGGCCCUGCGCUCAGUCCCUAGCACUACUGUUCAAAAAGAAAAGGAGAAAAAGGGAGAGGGGGGGAGGCUGGGGCAAGAAGAAUGGGAGCUGAAGGGGUAGCCUUGGCUACACUGGGGGGAAAAAAGCCCAGAGAGUUUUUUGGAUGUGCUUUUUUUUUAAUUAAUUAAUUAAUUAAUUAAUUAAUUUUUAUUUUCAGCUGCCUGGAGCAAAAUAUGAAUCCAAGAUUUUUUUCUGGAUUUUUAACUAUAGGACCUAUGUAUUCACUAAAUUCAUUCCAUGUUACUUUUAUGGCAAUAGAUUAUAUUUUCCCAAUCUGUAAAGCUCUACCUGAUGCUUAUAUGACACUGAUAGUUAAUGACCUAGACAUUUUGCGUGUGAUCAAAUGCCAGAGAAACUAAUUAAAUGUCAAGUACAUAGGAUGCUGUUUUCCUGGGGAAGAUUACAUACAAUGGCAGGGGGAAAUCAGUGAUUCUCAACUAGUAGUUUUUGUUGUUGUUAUUUUUGUUUGUUUGUUUUUUGUUUUGGUUUUCCAAAUGAAACAAACUAGGAUACCAUAUAUGAA